AUGUUUGGAUGUGGCCAUAGAACUCCCACAAAACCUGGUACGCAAGAAGAGAGGUCCGCCACUUCGAUGUCAGAAGGGCAAGUGGUUGGCGAGGUCAACCGCUUAAAUCGCCUUUCCCUACAGGAAGAGCCGGAAAUCACCUCAAAACCUGAGUCUCCAAACCCUGUAUCACAAAAUGCUCCGCUGGGCCACUCGAAACCGGUAAAGAAGGUCGUGGCAGCACAGGGACUUAGCGCAGUGAGCCAGAAGAAAGGUGUGCUUUUUGAGGUGAAGAUCGGCUCCCCCGACCAGGGAAUCACAAAAGCCCAAGGACGGUUGAAGGAAGCCAAAGCUUGUGUUGCAAAGGUGAAGGCGCAACUAAAUAGCUCUCGGAAUACAAAAACCGAAAUUAAAACCGAGGUAACACAGGCAGUGGAAAGGCUUUACCAGUUGAUGAAAGAGGCGGAGAUCGCAAAGACUCCGCCUCUCUCCUCAACUCGUGAAGGAGAAAACCCUAAAGUACCACUAGGAAGAAAAUUUAGAGUGACUGAUGAAAACCAAAGCCAAGCGGAAGAAACUAUAAAGAACGAUGACCUCGCAAAGAGGCUGGAGGAGCACUCUAAGGUUCUUAGGGAGAAUACCGAGGAGUUACUUAAACUGCAAAAGAAAAUGAAGAAGUUGCAGGAAGAAGGACCAACUUACGCAAAUGUGGCAGCUGGCAGAAAUACAAAGCGCCCAACUGAGCAGGUAGCACUACAUUCAGUCGUGGUCACCUCCAAAGAUGAGGAAGAGACAGGGGAAGAGGUGUUAAACAGAAUAAGGGUUGCAAUCAACGCUAAGGAAGGAGGGGUACAGAUCGAAAAAGUCAGGAAAGCGAAGGAUAGGAAAGUUAUAGUGGGAUGUGGAACGAAAGAGCAAAGGGAUAAAGUAUUGCACAGAUUGAGGGAAUCUGGAGACCACCUUAUAGCAGAGGAGAUUAAAAAUAAAGAUCCCCUAGUCGUACUCAAGGAUGUCCUGCAGUAUAAUACCGAUGAGGACGUCCUAAGGGCAUUAAAGAAUCAAAACCAAUCCAUUCUAAAAGCCCUGAAAAGUGAUGAAAAUAGAAUGGAGAUAAGUGCUCAAUAUGCCUGGGUUACGGCCACUCCGGAAGAUUCUGCAAGGAGACCCAGGAAAAAUGCAGUCACUGCGGAGGACCCCACAAGUGGGCGGAGUGUGAGGCUCGACUCGCUGGUAAUUCCCCAAUAUGUUGCAACUGUAGCAGCGCAAAACUCAUUGCGACGAAUCACAACGCCUUCAACCAGGAGUGCUCUAUUAGGCGGAAGUGGGAUGCCUUGGCCCGUGCUUCCACAGCAUAUUGCUAAGGGCACCCCUGUUGACCAAGUAGUAAACCGCGUUACCACACCGACCCAACCCACAAAACUUUUCAAGGUAGUUCAGGCCAACCUACAAAGGAAAUACCUGGCCACUGCAGAGGUAAUGCACGAAGCCAACCGAAGGAAAGUGGCUAUUGGGCUGCUCCAGGAGCCAUAUGUGGGCGGUUCGAGGUGUAUGAAACGUUAUGGAGGUGUAAAAAUCUUUCAGAGCGCAAAUCAGGGAGACGGAACAGUCAAAGCAGCCAUCGCUAUAUACGACCAGCACCUAGAUGUUAUACAGUAUCCGAAACUCACCACAAACAACAUCGCCGUGGUAGGCAUCCGAACAUGCGCCUGGGAGAUCACCGUGGUUUCAUACUAUUUUGAGCCCGACCAGCCGAUAGAGCCAUACCUGGAGCAGCUCAAGCAAAUACAGAAGGAGCUGCAACCAAAAAACCUUCUUAUAGGAGGAGAUGGAAACGCCAAGAAUACCUGGUGGGGCGGUGACGUAAUCGAUUGGAGAGGUGAAGAAAUGUACGGUACGUUAGGUGAAAUGGGUCUUCAGGUGCUAAAUGAUGGAAAUAUCCCCACAUUUGAUACUGUCAGGGGUAACAAACGUUACUGCAGUCAUAUCGAUGUCACGGCCUGCUCUAUUGAGAUGCUUAGCUUGAUUGAGGACUGGAGAGUGGACGAAACAAUAGCAAGCUCUGAUCACAACACUCUGACCUUCAGCAUCAGACUGAUUAAAGCUAAUGGAAUGAACAUACAGAGAACGACACGACUUUAUGGUACAAAAAAGGCUAAUUGGACACAGUUUUGUGAGAAACUGGACCAAUUAAUAGAGGAACGUGCCAUAAAUACAGAUAAAGUAAAAAACGUUAUGAACAUAAGGGAAUUGGACUCUCUUGCGGAAGGGUAUACGACAGUGGUACAAAAGACCUGUGAAGACACCCUUGCGAAAAAGAUGUCUAAAGAGAAACUUACCUUGCCCUGGAUGUCCGACGAGUUGCACAGGCUGAAGAAAAAGGUCCUCACCAAGAAGCGACGAAUUCGUUGCGCAGCACCGGUCCGAAGGAAAAAAGUCAUCAAGGAGUACCUGAAAGAAAAAGAAAAAUAUGAGAUUGAAGCUAAGGCUGCACAAACUGAAAGCUGGAAAGGUUUUUGCACGAGACAGGAUAAGGAAGGAGUUUGGGAAGGUAUCUACAGAGUGAUAGGAAGGACCGCCAAACGGCAAGAGGACCUGCCCCUGGAAAAGGAUGGGAAGAUGUUUGACCUGCGGGAUUCCGCAAGAAUACUGACCGAGGCUUUCUACCCAGACGACUCAAUGGAGGGCGACUCAACGCACCACAAACAUAUAAGAGAGGAGGCCGACCGUGUAAACGUCGAGUCUCGUGAUGAGCAUCGGGACCCGCCAUUUACGAUGGUAGAGCUCCGAAACGUCGUCAAGAGUUUUAAUCCAAAAAAGGCGCCUGGUGCGGAUGGCCUCACCGCCGACAUCUGUAGUCACACCAUAUUCCGGAAUCCAGAGUUUUUCCUAGCACUGGUCAACAAAUGCCUGGAGCUGGCACAUUUCCCACCCAUCUGGAAAGAAGCUGCAGUGGUGGUCUUGCGCAAACCCGGAAAGGAUAAUUAUACAAACCCUAAAUCAUAUAGACCAAUAGGAUUGUUACCAGUGAUGGGUAAAAUUUUGGAAAAGCUGAUCGUGGGUAGACUGAAAUGGCACAUUCUUCCGCGAAUCAGUACUCGCCAAUAUGGAUUUAUGCCCCAAAAGAGCACCGAGGACUCCCUCUAUGACUUAGUGAACUACAUACGCCAGAAGAUAGAGGCAAAAAAGAUAGUUGUCGUGAUCUCACUGGACAUAGAGGGAGCAUUCGAUAACGCAUGGUGGCCUGCGAUAAGAGUCCGGUUGGCUGAGGAAAAGUGCCCCAUUAACAUACGAAGAAUGCUUGACAGCUACCUACGAGAUCGAAAGGUGACCGUCCGCUACGGGGGAGAGCAGUACACAAAGUCUACCUCCAAAGGCUGUGUACAAGGGUCGAUCGGCGGUCCUAUUUUGUGGAACCUUCUCCUUGACUCCUUGAUUAAAGGACUUGAGAGCAGGGGCGACUACUGUCAGGCGUUCGCUGACGAUGUUGUCCUUGUUUUCCACGGAAAUACAGCCCUAGAAAUUGAGAGGCAGGCCAAUGCAGCCCUCGCUUAUGUUCAGGAUUGGGGCGCCGACAACAAGCUCAGCUUUGGUCCAACGAAGACCAAAGCUAUGGUCAUGACUCGAAAGCUGAAGUAUGACGUCCCGAGACUGAGGAUGGGAGGGGUAGAGAUCGGCAUGUCCCAUGAUAUAAAAAUUUUGGGGCUGUACGUUGACAACAAGUUGACUUUUAACAAGCAUGUGUCAGAGGUAUGCAAGAAGGCUAUAAAAAUUUAUAAGCAAAUUUCUAGAGCUGCCAGAGUCAGUUGGGGCCUUCACCCGGAAAUCGUCCGCAUAAUAUAUACCGCGACCAUUGAACCAGUAAUUAUGUACGCCUCCAGCGUCUGGGCAACGGCGACUCAAAAGCUAGGGGUGCAAAAGCAACUUAACAACGUACAGAGAGGUUUUGCACAGAAAUUGACGAGAGCAUACAGAACAGUCUCUCUAAACUCCUCACUGAUUCUGUCCGGACUACUCCCACUUGAUAUUCGAAUAAGGGAAGCAGCCGCACUUUACGAGGCCAAGAAGGGGGUGCCCCGGGCAGACUUGGGAGGGAGGGAAGUAGAGCGGGUCGUUGCACAUGGGAAGACUCCUCAUCCGGCGGAACAUAUGAAUCUGGAGUUCAUAUGUCUGACCAACCAGGAGCAGCUAGAUUGCCACAACCUGCAAUCAAUUAGAAUAUACACGGAUGGCAGUAAGAUUGACGGCAAGGUCGGGGCAGCGCUGUCACUAUGGAACAGCGAAGCCGAGACCAAAACCGUAAAAUUAAAACUGUCACCGUAUUGCACGGUUUAUCAGGCGGAACUCUUGGCCAUAUGUGAAGCCACCAGGAUAAUUCUGGAUCGCCGGGAGGGGAGUUUUGGCAUAUACAGCGACUCAAAAUCUGCAUUGGAGACGAUCUCAAAUAAUGACUCGAAGCACCACUUGGCAGUUCAGUCGCGGUCAAAUAUAAAAGCUAGUAUACUCCAGAACAAGGAGAUAUCCCUGUUUUGGAUAAAAGCGCACGCCGGACUGGAAGGCAACGAGAGAGCGGAUGCACUGGCGAAAGACGCUGCGAAGAAAAUGAAGACAAUACCAAACUACGACCAGUGCCCGGUCUCGUUCGUCAAGCGACAGAUCCGCAAGGAAUCGCUCGAGGAAUGGAACCGGAGAUACAUGGCAGGGGAAACUGCUGGUAUAACAAAAGUUUUCUUCCCAGAUGCAGUGAGAGCCUAUGAAAUAGUAAGGAAGAUAGAACCCACGGGAGUGCUAACCCAGGUCCUCACGGGGCACGGGGGAUUCUCCGAUUACUUGCACCGGUUCAAGUGCAAGGAGAAUCCGUCCUGUGCCUGUGAACCAGGCGUCAGGGAAACGAUAACGCACUUACUAUUUGAAUGCCCAAUAAAUUUGAAAGCCAAACACGAAACAGAACAAGCCCUGAAUGUAACUUUAAGCGUUGAAAAUGCAAGCCUAACUAUCUCAGAUAAACACACAAGAGACGAGUUCAUAAAAUACUGCGAAAUGAUUGCGAUAAAAACAAUACGGAAGAAUAAAUAA